UGAAAGUCGCGCGCAUUCAAGUUAAACAUAUACACGGUCAUAAAUCACUGCGAGUGCAUAUUGAAUUGUUCGGUCUGGUUUUGCAUCGCCUGCAGCCGCUGCGGUAUUCUUUGCAGUCGGCCAUUUAAAUCAAGAAACUACAACUAUAAGUGAAAACGGGAAAAGACGCGUCGCGACCUGCUAUAUAAACGCCCAGCAAAUGUGCAAUGAAGUGUUGAAGUGAGCUUGAAGACACACAAAAAGAAAAAUAUAUAUACAUAUAUAUAAGGAGGUACCUGCGUACAAUUACAAAUAGAGGCUCCAAGCGCUGCACGUUUGGAAGUUGACGUCGCGACGUCGCAUACAGGGUGUUGUAAUACACAUACCUCUGUUUUGCUAUAGCUUGAAACGGAACCCAGGUGUUUGUUUGUUAGCGGGCAGAACGAGCAGAACAGAUGUCUAGCGAAGAGGAUAAACCACCGGCGCCGCCAGUCCGUCUAACCAGUAAUCGUGGCGGCGGCGUUGGCAUCGAACGUGUUCCCAUUCCCGGCAGUGGAACUGGCGGCAUUGGUGGCGUCGGCGAUGCGCCUCCAGUUGAUAUGCGGCCAUUGCCAAAAGAGCCCGACGAUGCGGACCGCAAAAAGAAGACACUGAAAAACAAGAUAAAAGGCUCCAAGCCGUCGCACAUGGAUUCCAAACCAAAUAUCUCGUAUCCCACUAACUUCGAGCACACAGUCCACGUGGGCUUCGAUGCAGUCACCGGCGAAUUUACGGGUAUGCCGGAGGCAUGGGCGCGACUUCUGAUGAACUCCAACAUCAGCAAACAGGAGCAGAAAAAGAAUCCGCAAGCAGUGCUCGAUGUGCUCAAAUGGUUCGACAACACAACCAAACAGAGGCCAAGUUCAAAGUACAUGACAAAUGCUCUAACAACGCAUUCAGGAUCUUCGCUGAGCCGCGUAAGCAGCAGUAGUCCCAGCAGCACGCCAACAGACUCGGAGCUGCAUGGCUCGAACAGUGGCGGCAAUUUAAUUGGCGUACAGCUGGGUAGCAUGACACUGGGUCCCAAUGCCAACAACGUAUCUGCAGCGGGUCAAUUGCUAAGCAAUCAAUACCAACAGCAACAGCAGCACUUGCUGCAGCAGCAACAAUUGCAGAACCAUCAGCAGCAGUACCAGCAACAACACCAGCAGCUACACCAGCAUCAGCAUCACAUUGGCCUAAGUCAAUCGCAUUCGUACAACUUUACUGGGCACACAGCCUCUACAUCCACUUCGCAACAUUCAUCUGCCAAUGAGAACGAUAUGUACGUUGAUAUGGGUGUCGCGCCGCAGCAACCACCACCACCGCCUGUGGCUUCUCGGCCGGAGCGCACGAAGUCAAUCUAUACGCGACCUAUUGAGGAACUGCAGCCGGCGCCGUUGCCAGCGGCACCAGCAACGACACCCACAACGCCACUACAAAACCACAAAGCAACUACGGCCACGGUGGCUGCAUCGCCCCUCAUGCUUAACAAUGCCACAACGACGCUGGACAAGAACAAGAACAAUGCAACAACAAUUGCAACUGCGACGGCAGCGAGCAGCUCCACAGCGCCAACAGUAGCAGCAGAAGCUACAGCUACAGCAACAACAACAGCCAUAGCAACAGCAGCAACAACAACAACAACAGAUACAGAAGGCAUUGAGGCAUCAGCAGCAACAACAACAGUUGCUAAUGCUCAAAUUUUGUCUGUUUCGGCAAACGCUACUAAUUGUCCUCCCACUACCACAAUAAAUGCAGCUGCUAGCAGAGAGGAGCAGCAGCUUAUUGAGUGUAUUGCGGCUGCAACAGCAGCAGCACUAACAACCGAAGCUACAGCUACAGCAACAACGACUAAUCACCACUCUUCUGCUUCCUCCUUUUCAUCACUCCCCUCGUUUCAUGAUGAUGCGACGCCGCCGCUUACCGCCAACGCCUUGCCCUCAAUACAUUGUCCGACACCAACGUCUUCCACCCGCAAUUCUGGCGCUGUCACCACGACCAUACCAACUAUUACGAUGGUAACACCUGCAACACCUGCCACAGACCUGUACCACGAUCCGACGGCCAACAAUUUGAAUGCUUCGUCUUUGGCAGCUACGCCUGCCGCGGGCACUCAAAUUGCGGUGCCGCAGCAGGCAGCGGCUGCYACCACGACGACGACGACUACGACGAGAGCCGCUAACGCCAAGAAGAAGAAAAUGUCUGACGAAGAAAUACUUGAAAAGCUGCGCACCAUUGUCUCUGUGGGCGAUCCCAAUCGCAAGUACACCAAAAUGGAGAAAAUUGGCCAAGGUGCAUCGGGCACGGUGUACACGGCCAUUGAGUCCUCAACGGGCAUGGAGGUGGCCAUCAAACAGAUGAAUUUGUCGCAGCAGCCCAAGAAGGAGCUGAUCAUCAAUGAGAUUUUAGUAAUGCGAGAGAACAAACAUCCGAAUGUUGUCAACUACUUGGAUAGUUAUCUGGUAUCGGAGGAGCUCUGGGUGGUUAUGGAGUAUUUGCCUGGCGGCUCCCUCACCGACGUUGUUACCGAGACCUGCAUGGAUGAGGGUCAAAUUGCGGCCGUUUGCCGUGAGGUGUUGCAGGCGCUUGAGUUUCUGCACGCCAAUCAGGUAAUUCAUCGCGAUAUUAAAAGUGAUAACAUACUGCUUGGCCUGGAUGGCUCCGUCAAGCUGACUGAUUUCGGUUUCUGUGCGCAAAUCUCGCCGGAACAAUCUAAACGCACAACUAUGGUUGGCACACCCUAUUGGAUGGCCCCCGAAGUGGUUACACGCAAGCAGUACGGACCAAAGGUCGAUCUAUGGUCGCUAGGCAUCAUGGCUAUUGAAAUGGUCGAGGGUGAGCCACCGUAUCUGAACGAGAAUCCCCUAAAAGCCUUGUACCUCAUUGCCACAAAUGGCAAGCCGGAGAUUAAGGAAAAAGACAAACUAACGGCUGCAUUUCAAGAUUUUCUAGAUCAGUGUCUAGAAGUGGAAGUGGAGCGGCGCGCCAGCGCCAUGGAUCUGCUAAAGCAUCCCUUCCUAAAAUUGGCACGUCCAUUGGCCAGUUUGACGCCUCUGAUCAUGGCCGCCAAAGAAGCGACCAAGGGCAACUGAUUGACAACCAAAAAACAGCAACUUAUUUAACCAUUACUAAUGAAUUACUGUUACAACAAGCAACAGCAGCAGCGAGAACAACAACAAUAGCAACAAUUCAUGCGUAUGAUGAACAGAUGAUAAAUUAUAAGUGUUUAUGAUUAUUAUGAUUAUUUAUAUAAACGUAUUUAUAUACAAACACAUAUAUACUUAUUAUACAUAUUAUUAACUACUCGUAACAAACAAAAAAUCAAUGAGUAAUUACAGCACACGUGUAGCCAAGUAUGGGUAGUUGAAUUCACGCGACAACACUUUGGGUUUCCAGUCUACUGCUGAAUUUAACGAACAAUUUUCUGCAAAUUUCGAUGAUUUUCCAAUGAAGAAUAAGUUUUGCUAAUGAUUUGUUAUACCAAAUUAUCGGGCAUUUUAAAUGCCCUAGAAUUUAUAUGUUAAUAAUUGGACAAAAAUUCAUUCAACAAAUU